UCUUGCCAGUCUCCAGUUUAUACUCAAGAAUCAUUUUCAAUAUCAAUUGUUUUAAAGUAGUUUCUAAACCGGUUGCUGAAUGUCUGUCUACAUUCUGCAGAGCACACAAUUUAAUUUGAGUCAAGAUUUUUCUUACUCUGAUCCUGUGUCCGACUCUGACAUUCUCACUAUUUGCUUCUGUAAACAGAGGGCGGGGCCUUGAAUCCCGCCACAGGUAGGUUUAACAUACACCUGUACUACUAUGAGACGGAAAAUACAUUUUAAGACCUACACUAGUAGUAAUAAAAUCACUGCAGACGACAAGAUACAAUGAGGACUUUAGUGAUUUCCACUUUACUGUUUGCUAUGGGCACAUGUUUACCUGCAAUAACCACAUCUUAUUCUAUUCCUCCAGAAGACCUGGAUGGAUCGGGACAUGAUCUGGAAAGUUCUGGCUCAGGUUCAGGGGAACGGGCAGAAGUGUCCAAAGGCUCAGUGAGGUUUACCACUAUCUCAACAUUUACAAUGACAAUGAGUGAAGAUGACUUAAUGUUCAAUGCCAUUGAUGAAGAGGAUAAAACCGUCCCAAUUAUCAUGACAGACAACACCAGAAAUAAAAUAUCAGAGGACUCAGACUUGACCUUUGACAAAAGGCCUAAGCUAGAUGACAACAACGGAUCAGCCAUUGGCAAUGUGGCAAAGAGCGGGGGUCUUCUAGCAAACAAAGAAGCUCUUGCAGCUAUUAUUGCAGGAGGAGUGGUGGGACUGGCCUUGGCUGCCUCCCUGUUAACACUCAUGGUCUAUAACAUGAAGAAGAAAGAUGAGGGAGGCUACACUGUCAACCAGAAAAACACAUCUAACGGAGGAUAUCAGAAACCGAAGACCAAGGAGGAGUUUAUUGCUUAACUUCCCCUCAAAGACAAAAUAAUGUCUCAACCCAGCAGAUUUGUUUGAAGAGUUCAUUUUUGAGAGAAAUAAGUUGGUUGGGUUUGCGCCAGGAGAAAAUUCACAGCAGAAAAUGCAAACUUGUGGUGUAUUCGAGGUUUAAAAAGACGGUAACACUUUACUUGACACCCAAGUAAAGAUAACAUAUAACAUGGUCAUAACCAUGUCAUAAUACGUCAUAACAGCUGACAUAACUUGUCAUAUGGUCACAACACUGUCAUGACACAUAAUAAACAGCAAAAAAAGAAAUGUCCUCUCACUGUCAACUGUGUUUAUUUUCAGCAAACUUAACGUGUAAAUAUUUGUAUGAACAUAAGAUUCAACAACUGAGACAUAAACUGAACAAGUUCCACAGACAUGUGACUAACAGAAAUUGAAUAUUGUGUCCCUGAACAAAGGGGGGGUCAACAUAAAAAAUAACAGUCAGUAUCUGGUGUGGCCACCAGCUGCAAUAAGUACUGCAGUGCAUCUCCUCCUCAUGAACUGCACCAGAUUUGCCAGUUCUUGCUGUGAGAUGUUACUACACUCUUCCCCGAAGGCACCUGCAAGUUCCCUGACAUUUCUGGGGGGAAUGGCCCUAGCCCUCACCCUCUGAUCCAACAGGUCCCAGACGUGCUCAAUGGGAUUGAGAUCCGGGCUCUUCGCUGACUAUGGCAGAACACUGACAUUCCUGUCUUGCAGGAAAUCACGCACAGAACAAGCAGUAUGGCUGGUGGCAAUGUCAUGCUGGUGGGUGAUGUCAGGAUGAGCCUGCAGGAAGGGUACCACACGAGGGAGGAGGAUGUCUUCCCUGUAAUGCACAGCGUUGAGAUUGCCUGCAAUGACAACAAGCUCAGUCCGAUGAUGCUGUGACACACCGCCCCAGACCAUGACGAACCCUCCACCUCCAAAUCCAAAUCGAUCCCGCUCCAGAGUACAGCAUUCGGUGUAAAGCUAUUUUUUUCAACGAUACACACGAAUCCGACCAUCACCCCUGGUGAGACAAAACCGUGACUCAUCAGAGAAGAGCACACUUUGCCAGUCCUGUCUAGUCCAGCGACGGUGGGUUUGUGCCCAUAGGCGGUGUUGUUGCCGGUGAUGUCUGGUGAGGACCUGCCUUACAACAGACCUACAAGCCCUCAGUCCAGCCUCUCUCAGCCUAUUACAGACAGUUUGAGCACUGAUGGAGGGAUUGUGCAUUCCUGGUGUAACUCGGGCAGUUGUUGUUGCCAUCCUGUACCUGUCCUGCAGGUGUAAUGUUCAGAUGUACCGAUCCUGUGCAGGUGUUGUUCCACGUGGUCUGCCACUGAGAGGACGAUCAGCUGUCCUUCUUGUCUCCCUGUAGCACUGUCUUAGGUGUCUCACAGUGCGGACAUUGCAAUUUGUUGCCCUGGCCACAUCUGCAGUCCUCAUGCCUCCUUGCAGCAUGCCUAAGGCACUUUCACACAGAUGAGCAGGGACCCUGGGCAUCUUUCUUUUGGUGUUUGUCAGAGUCUGUAGAAAGGCCUCUUUAGUGUCUGAAGUUUUCAUAACUGUGACCUUAACUGGUCACAAUAAAAGAUCCCAGAAAUGUUCCAUAUGCACAAAAAGCUUAUUUCCCGCAAAUGUUGUGCACAAAUUUGUUUACAUCCCUGUUAGUGAGCAUUUCUCAUUUGCCAAGAUAAUCCAUCCACCUGACAGGUGUGGCAGACCAGGAAGCUAAUUAAACAGCAUGACCAUUACACAGGUGCACCUUGUGUUGGGGGCAACAUGCCACUAAAAUGUGCGAUUUUGUCACACAAUACAAUGCCACAAAUGUUUCAAGUUUUGAGGGAGAGUGCAAUUGUCAUGCUGACUGCAGGAAUGUCCACCAGAGCUGUUGCCAGAUAAUUUUAUGUUAAUUUAUUUACCAUAAACCGCCUACAAUGUAAUUUUAGAGAAUUUGGCAGUACGUCUAAAUGGUCUCACAACUGCAGACCACAUGUGGCGUCAUGUGGGCGAGCGGUUUGUUAAUGUCAAUGUUGUUAACAGAGUGUCCCCUGGUGCCAGUGGCAACAAACAGAAUUGCAUUUUGUCGUUGGCAAUUUGAAUGCACAGAGAUACCGUGAUGAGAUCCUGAGGUCCAUUGUUGUGCCAUUCAUCCGCUACCAUCAAAUCACCUCAUGUUUCAGCAUGAUAAUGCACGGCCCCAUGUCACAAGGAUCUGUACACAAUUCCGGAAAGCUGAAAAUUUCCCUACAUACUCACCAGACAUGUCACCCAUUGAGCAUGUUCUGAAUCGACGUGUACAACAGCGUGUUCCAGUUCCCGCCUAUAUCCAGCAACUUCGCACAGCCAUUAAAGAGGAGUGGGACAACAUUCCACAGGCCACAAUCAACAGCCUGAUCAACUCUAUGCAAAGGAGAUGUGUAAUGCUGCAAAACCAGACACUGACAAGUUUUCUGAUCCACGCCCAUACCUUUUUUUAAGGUAUCGGUCACCAACAGCAUUUCUGUAUUCCCAGUCAUGUGAAAUCCAUAGAUUAGAGUUUAAUUCAUUUUUUUUCAAUGGACUGAUUUCCUUGUAUGAACUGUAACUCAGUAAAAUCUUUGAAAUUGUU